AUGGCGGCUCAGCAUACUCGGAGGUCACGCGAGACCUCCCGGCCCGAGAUGUCCAUCGGUCGAUACACGAGACUCGAUGAAAUCGGCCGCGGAAGCUUCGCGACGGUAUACCAGGGUGUUCAUACGAAAUCUCGCACCUACGUUGCCAUCAAGUCGGUGAACCUGUCGAAGCUCAACAAGAAACUCAAGGAUAACCUUUCCUCCGAAAUCGACAUCCUCAAGGGUCUCCACCAUCCGCAUAUUGUCGCACUUAUCGACUGCCAUGAAUCAACAUCCCACAUCCAUCUGGUCAUGGAGUACUGUGCUCUGGGUGACCUGUCGCUCUUCAUCAAGCGGCGAGAUACCCUGGCAACCCAUCGGUACACCAGAGACAUGAUUGCGAAAUACCCGAAUCCCCCCGGCGGAGCCCUGAAUGAGGUGGUAACUCGUCACUUUCUAAAGCAACUUGCAAGUGCCCUGCAAUUUUUGCGAGAUCGAAAUCUCAUCCACCGAGAUAUCAAACCUCAGAAUCUCCUGCUUUGUCCGUCACCUUCUUCUUAUCGGAGCGGGGUAGCCAACGUCAUUCCGUUCAAGGGAAGCGACAAUUCCUAUGAACCUACAACUGGGCUGGAGUCCUUGCCAAUGCUCAAAAUCGCGGACUUCGGAUUUGCUCGGUCCUUACCGGCUACCUCGCUAGCGGAGACCCUGUGUGGCUCUCCACUUUACAUGGCACCUGAGAUUCUCCGAUACGAGAAGUACGAUGCUAAAGCUGACCUGUGGUCGGUUGGCACCGUGCUCUACGAGAUGGUGGUGGGACGGCCUCCGUUCCGAGCCACGAAUCACGUCGAACUUCUUCGGAAGAUCGAGAAAGGCGAAGAUCGAAUUCGAUUCCCAGAAGACAACCCAGCUUCAGAGGAUAUCAAGAAGCUGAUUUGUAGGCUCCUCAAACGGAACCCCGUCGAGCGAUUGAACUUCCCUGAGUUCUUCACCAACAAUGUCAUCACCGACAUAAUUCCGGGCUUGGUAGCCGACGAUACACCUCGAGCCUCGCGACGUUCGUCUGUGGAACUUACCCGUAGCUCAGGAUCCUACCGGGCAGAGAAUCGACCAACUCAACCAGCUCAACUCGAUGCGAAGGCCGGUAGAGAUUCACCGUACUCUACUGAUCAGGGAGAACCUACUACAUAUCCGCCAAGCCACCGACCCUAUGUCCCGCGGCAGAAGUCCGAAACUCCACCGAAUUCUGCGCCGAUGCGCCGGCUGGGAAGUGGAGACAGACCGUCUUCAGGUGUCUCCAAGGAGCAAACGCGAGGAGGCAUUCCGCCAACUCGGCCCAGUGCAAUCACUCAGGCCACCGCUCCAGCUCGUCAAGAGCUUACCGGUCGCCAAACCUCUGCAACUGCAAUGGAGCGGCAAAAGAGCCGACACACUCCUACUGGAUCACCACGAACCGGAGAGCUCGAUCGUAUCCGAGAGGAGCGCGAACGCGCUGCCCAAGAGGUCGCAUUUGAGAGGGACUAUGUGGUGGUGGAGAAGCGUGCGGUGGAAGUCAACGCAUUUGCGGACGAGUUGGCACACAGUCCACAUAUCCAAGGUGGGUUUCCCCGAGGACAGACUGGCUCUGUUACUCGCCGUGCAACUACUCAAGGAUUGCCGACCUUGUCAUCCACCUCUCCGCAUACGAACACUUCCAAAGCCAUGCAAAUCGCUUCUGGAAGGGCUCGAGCCGACUCGGGUAAUCAGCGCCAGCACUCGUACGAGCGACGCUACGGACAGAGCCCGACAUCUGCGACAUCUGCGAUCUCAAAAGCCCUGAAUAUGGCCAGCGGCCGGCUUUUCAGUAUGGGCUUUUCGCCUCCUUUGGCUGGUACGAAAGGAGGAAGGUCUCCGCCCUUGGCCUACAACCCUUUCCCUAUCUAUCCCGCUCCCCAGGAAAACAUGAUGCUUCUAGCUGGUGGGAAGAAUGCCACUACCGAUGAGGACUCCAGGACGGUCCAGUCCCUUGAAGAGUGCGCUACUCGCAGCGACGUUGUCUUUGGCUUCGCCGAGGUCAAAUACAAGCAGCUUAUUCCGCUCGCACCCUCGGCACCGAAUGACGCCCCCAUUGCCUCCAGCGAUCCCGGCGAUGAUGACCUGACAGUCGACGCUAUCGUGACCCUUUCCGAAGAAGCGCUGGUCCUCUACGUGAAGGCCCUGUCUCUGCUAGCCAAAUCAAUGGAUAUCGCAGGAUCGUGGUGGGCGCGGAAGAACAGGGAAGAUGCAUACGGUGAAUCACCAAGAAGUGAGAGCUCCACCAAACUGGCCGGUUCUCAGAUCAACAAGGUAGUUCAGUGGGUUCGGAGCCGUUUCAACGAGGUCUUGGAGAAGGCCGAGUUUGUACGUCUCAAGCUUGUUGAAGGACAGAUGCGUCUUCCGCUUGACCACCCUGCUCACCCGGACAAUCACUCCGUCGGCUCCACCUUUGCAUCAUACAAUUCUCAGGAUGUGGUCGUGAGCCCCGGUGUCACAGCCGAGAGGCUGAUGUACGAUCGUGCGCUUGAGAUGAGCCGUGCCGCCGCUAUCAAUGAGUUGACCGGCGAGGACCUGCAGGGCUGCCACAUGGCGUACAUGACUGCUAUUCGCAUGCUGGAGGCGGUUCUGGAAGAAGACGUGCUUCGCUCUUCCACCAAGAGCGACCAGAGCGCCUCUCAUGUCACCGACAAAUUAUCUCUCGGUGAUGGCGAGGACCGCCAAGUAGUCAUUAAACUAAUUUCCAGCAUGCGCGGCCGAUUGACGGCCCUUACCAGGAAGCUUAGCGUCCUUGAAAAGCGAACCUCGGCCCCGACUCUCGCUACCGGCGCCGGCAGACUGCCAUCAUCUAACCCGGCCCCUAUUUCCCAUGCCACUGGUGCAACCCCGCCUCGAUGA